AUGGUUUGGAGAGAUCCUGAAAAUGCGGAUCCAAACCUCUAUCAUGAGGGGUUCGGGAACCACUUCUGCUCUGAAGCCGUUCCAGGAGCUCUCCCAAAGCUUGGGAACAAUCCUCAAAAGUGCGCAUACGGAUUAUACGCCGAACAACUUAGUGGUACCGCUUUUACCGUCGACCGACCACAUAACCAGCGGACAUGGCUAUAUCGUAUUCGUCCAUCGGUAGAACAUGACCGUUUCACCAAACUCUCUCAUCCAUAUCUUAUCAGUGACUACUCGCCGUCGAAUACACAAGAUGUCCAUGUUACUCCCACGCAGUUACGAUGGAAUCCGUUCGAUGUACCCUCGUCGCAUAGCAUAACCGAUAAGUCAACUGGAUCACAGGAUUUCAUCGACUCUUUGAGAUCUGUGUCGGGGAGCGGGCAGCCCCAGACGAAGGAUGGAUUGGCAAUUCAUGUCUACGGCUUCAACAAACCUAUGGUUCGAAAAUCGUUCUAUAACUCAGAUGGCGACUACCUCAUCCUCCCACAACUUGGACGUCUCUCAAUCCACACCGAAUUCGGAAACCUUCUUGUCGCACCCGGUGAAAUAUGUGUGAUUUCAAGGGGCAUGAAAUUUUCUAUCCCCGAACUUCCGGACGGCAAGGAGAAGGGUUGUAGAGGAUAUAUUCUUGAAACCUAUUGUGCGGGACAUUGGGAGCUUCCAGAUCUGGGCCCAAUUGGUGCGAAUGGGUUGGCAAAUCAUAGGGAUUUUAAGUACCCUGUUGCAAGAUACGUAGAUGAAGAUGAGGAGUGGGAAGUCGUGAAUAAGUUUAUGGGUGGGCUGUUUUCGGCAAAGCAGAAUCAUUGCCCUUAUGAUGUGGUUGCGUACCACGGAAACUAUCUACCGUAUAAAUACUCGCUACACAUGUUUAGCCCGGUUGGAUCGAUUGGCUUCGAUCACCCAGAUCCUUCUAUUUUCACCGUUCUUACUAUGAAGAACCACGCUACCCCCGGCACCGCCCUUGCCGACUUCGUUCUCUUCCCACCACGCUGGCUCGUCGCUGAAAACACUUUCCGCCCACCAUGGUUCCACCGCAAUGUUAUGGCAGAAUUUAUGGUCAACGUAACCGGUGAAUACGACGCCAAAGCCGGUGGAUUCCUCCCCGGUGGUGCAAGUUUACACAAUUGCAACACCGCUCACGGACCAGACAAGGAAAGCUUUGAGAAGGCUAGCAAUGCGGACUUGAAACCGAUGAAAGUCGGAGAUGGAAGUUUGGCGAUCAUGUUUGAGACUAGUUUACAGCUUGCGACUACGACUUGGGCGAUUAAGGAGAGUGGGAAAGUGCAGGAGGACUACAAUGCUGUUUGGCAGGACUUUGAGCCGUACUUUAGAAGUCACGGUUUGCCGAAAAUUGGGGUUGCGAGUGGAGUAGAGGGGGCAGUGAAGCGUUGA